CCGGUCGCCGUCAAUCCUCGCCACACCCCACGCCGCCUUCCUCUCCUCGGCUACUCCCAAAUGAGAGCCACAGCCGCAGCCGCCUUCUCACUCCUCACCUGCUCCUGUCUCCGGAGCACCAGCCCGACCAGGCUCCCCUCCUCCUCGCUCCGCCUCCCGCUCCGCCGCGGCCCGCUCGCCGCGAUGGCCACGGCCGCCUCCUUCCGCCCGGAGGCCGCGCGGUCGCCUCCCGCCGUCCAGCCCCCGGCGCCGCCGCUCUCCAAGUUCAAGGUGGCGCUGUGCCAGCUGUCGGUCACGGCGGACAAGGCUCGCAACAUCGCGCGGGCGCGCGAGGCCAUCGAGGCUGCCGCGGCGGGCGGCGCCAAGCUCGUGCUUCUCCCGGAGAUAUGGAAUGGUCCAUAUUCAAAUGACAGCUUUCCAGAAUAUGCCGAAGACAUCGAAGCCGGUGGUGAUGCAGCUCCUUCAUUUUCAAUGAUGUCAGAGGUUGCUCGCAGCUUGCAAAUUACUCUUGUUGGUGGAUCCAUAUCAGAACGUUCUGGUAACAAGUUGUACAAUACAUGCUGUGUCUUUGGUUCAGAUGGCGAGCUUAAGGGCAAGCACAGAAAGAUCCAUCUUUUUGACAUUGACAUUCCUGGAAAGAUUACAUUCAAGGAAUCGAAGACUCUUACUGCUGGGCAGGAUCUUACUGUUGUAGACACAGAUGUAGGCCGGAUUGGUAUAGGUAUUUGUUAUGACAUUCGUUUCCAGGAAUUGGCAAUGUUGUAUGCUGCGAGAGGUGCUCAUUUGUUAUGCUAUCCCGGUGCAUUUAACAUGACUACAGGGCCAUUGCACUGGGAGUUGCUGCAAAGGGCAAGGGCUGCAGACAAUCAGCUGUUUGUGGCAACCUGUGCACCAGCUCGAGACACCAGUGCAGGUUAUAUUGCUUGGGGACAUUCCACUCUUGUUGGACCUUUUGGGGAAGUGAUUGCUACCGCUGAGCAUGAGGAGACCACUAUAAUGGCAGAAAUUGAUUAUUCAUUGAUUGAUCAGAGGAGGCAAUUUCUUCCUCUGCAAUAUCAACGCCGGGGCGAUCUCUAUCAGUUGGUAGAUGUCCAGAGAUCCGGCUCUGAUGAGUAGCCAGCCUGGAUGCAUUGCGCCACUAGGCGUGAUCCGUGAAAAUAUUAUUCGUCCGCGAGAUGCAUGUGCCCACCCUUAUCCGCAGCAGUUCACCCAGGAACAUUGACUUCGUGUGUGAAGAGGUGACCUGUAACACGUACCUUGCCAAAUUGAUUUACUAUAAACAUUAUCAUGGUAAUAAUAAAAGGUCGAAAUUAAAUGCUCUU